GUGCGCCUGUGCGAAGUAAUCUCCGCACACCUUCGACAGCGAUUUCUGAGCACUGUUUUCAAAUUGUUAGCUGGCUAGCUAUGCAAGCUAAUAUUUAUCUAAGCAGUGUAGCUAUGUACAAUUGAAAAUGUAUAUAAUAUACUAACCUGAUGAUAAUAGUUGUUGCCUAGCUUUUGGUACUUUUGGUAGCUAAAUUAGCUGGUUAGUUUAGCUAAUUCCGUCUGGCUUCAGUUGUGUUGAUUGAACGACGUAGCCAGCUAACAAGGGAUUUAAAGUCGAGCGAAGCAGGAAGCAGCUUUCAAAGGAGCUGCUGACUACUGGCCUUUGGACUGUGAUGGAAAAUCGUGUGUGUCUGUAUCCCUCCUCCCUGCCGUGGACCCCAGGAGAGGUAGGGGCUGGUGGGACAGGGGCGUGGGGUAGCAUGGGACAGAACGCCAGCAAUGCUGAGACAGUGCCCCAGCAACACCAACAGCAACCUGCUCAACACAACACCGAUGAUGAGGUGGACUUGCAGCAGAGUACGACAGGGAGUGAGGGGGGUGACUCAUCAGGCGGAACCCCUCCCUCCAAACGAAAGGGCAAGUUCUCUAGCUUCGGGAAUAUGUUCAAGCCCUGGAAGUGGAGGAAGAAGAAGAGCAGCGAGACCUUUCUGGAAACCUCAAUAGUGUUGGAGAGGAAGAUCUCAGUAAGGAGACCUCGUCAGGAGCUGAUUGACAGAGGAUUGCUGAAAGAACUGCCGGAGAAUGAGGGCAACGACGUGAACCAUUCCAAAGGUCCAGUGGUGAAGAAUGGCCAGCCAGUACCUAUGGAUGUUGACCGGGUCUCAGAGACUGGGAUCAAGGUGUCCCGGGGGGAGGCAGGCCCAGGGCUCAACCCCACCUGGCUACCCCAGGGAGAGGAUCCACGGCGGGGCAGCGUCCCUUCAGACGACCCCCGGAGCAGGAGCCGGGUACCCUCUGACGCCUCGCGCUCCAACCGAGCCCCACUAGACGUAGACUCACACGCCAGGCUAUCAGUCAUAGAUCUGGAGAGACGGAGUAGAGUGCCGUCUGACGUGUCAGAGAGGAGAGGAGGGUCACUACCGAGAGGACCUGCUCCGGAGGAGGGGAGGCAACGGAAAGAGGAUAAAGAGGACAAGAGAGAGGAGAGGAGAGACUGGAAAGAGGAGAGGAGAGACUGGAAAGAGGAGAGGAGAGACUGGAAAGAGGAGAGGAGAGACUGGAAAGAGGAGAGGAAAGAGGAGAGGAGAGACUGGAAAGAGGAGAGGAAAGAGGAGAGGAGAGACGGGAAAGAGGAGAGGAGAGACGGGAAAGAGGAGAGGAGAGACGGGAAAGAGGAGAGGAGAGACGGGAAAGAGGAGAGGAGAGACGGGAAAGAGGAGAGGAGAGACGGGAAAGAGGAGAGGAGAGACGGGAAAGAGGAGAGGAGAGACGGGAAAGAGGAGAGGAGAGACGGGAAAGAGGAGAGGAGAGACGGGAAAGAGGAGAGGAGAGACGGGAAAGAGGAGAGGAGAGACGGGAAAGAGGAGAGGAGAGACGGGAAAGAGGAGAGGAGAGACGGGAAAGAGGAGAGGAGAGACGGGAAAGAGGAGAGGAGAGACGGGAAAGAGGAGAGGAGAGACGGGAAAGAGGAGAGGAGAGACGGGAAAGAGGAGAGGAGAGAGGACAAGAGAGAGGAGAGGAGAGACGGGAAACAGGACAAGAGAGAGGAGAGGAGAGACGGGAAAGAGGAGAGGAGAGACGGGAAAGAGGAGAGGAGAGACGGGAAGGAGGAGAGGAGAGGUCCUCGUGAUGAGAGGGAGGAGAGAGACAACAAGGAAAAGAGAGACCGGCGAGAGGAGAGGGAAAGGAGGGACAGAGAUGAUCGAGAGAAGAGCGAAGAGAAGGAGGACAAGGAGAAGAGAGGAGAAAAAGAUGACAGAAGAGAGGGAAAAGAGAGAAGAGAUGAUCGUGAGAAAAGAGAGGACAGGAGAGAUGACCGGGAAAGAAAAGAUGACCGGUACAAGAUAAUUGUUCGUGAAAAGGCAGAUGAAAGGAGAGAUGAUGGGGAACAAAGGGGGGAGGAGAGGGAUAGGAGGAGGAGUCCUCCUAGGCCUGCUAAACCAGAGACCCUCUUGAGAUGUUUUGAAGAGGGUCGUCCUGUGGUCAGACUUCACUCUGAGAUGGAGCUAAGGCAGAGUCUCCAGAAGACCUCCUCAGAGGACCUCCGUAGCAGGGUCCGUCCUGCCUCUGAGGCUUACCGCGGGAGCACCCUGCCCAGGUACAUGCCAUCUGAGGAGAUCAAAGGAGGGGAGACCCGCGGACGAGCAGAGUCCACUGGUGUCCGCUUCGCCCCUGUCCACACCCCAGAUCCUGACUCCUCCCGUAGAGAGCUGCCUCCUACCAAACAGGCCAUGCUCCCUCCUAAGAGCCACCCCACUAUCACCACCUCCACGGAGCCUGUCCGGACCUCCACCCCACCCUCCUCCUCUACCUCCCCUGCUGUAGCAGUGGCCAAGCCCGCCAGGACUGUCUCCCUGAUCAUCAGUGAUGACCCUCCUCCCACCCACUCCAACCCUGUCCCCCUGUACGUUCCAGCCAGGUACCCCCCUCCUCCACCACGGGGGAAUCGGCCACUCCUCCCCCCGUACCCCCCCAUGCCAAGCAGCCACCUGUACCCCCACCCAAACCCACCAACCGCAACAGCAACCCUGCUCUGCUUGGUCAAAGUGUCCACAUUGAACAGGGCCUCCAGGGUCCAAGGUCCCCUUUCUCCUCACUACUGUACCAGCUGGAGAAGGCAGGGGGAGCUGGGCCUGUACCUUUCACUGCCCACCUACCUCCACCGCCGACAGACUGAACAAGCCUGCUCAGCGGAGCUCUCUCAGGUUGGCAGUGGUAUCAUCGUUGUUCCUGCCCCCACCAGGCGCUCUCCUCCCACUCCGCCCAAGAGGAUGACCCCCGUCACCAAGCACCACUCUGGCGACCCUGAGCCAGAGACCUCGGGCCCCUCUGGUUCUGUCCCAGUCCCCAUACCUACUGUCUCUGUACCCCCCAGCACAGACCGAGACGACACCAGGGACACCCUCAGAGCAGUAGGGUUCAAACUACCCACCUCUGACCCUGCACCAGCACCCCGACCUCUGUCCCAUAUACCCACGUCCACUCCCAGCUCCCACCCCCACUUACAGCUCCCCAACCCUGCCUCCGCACCCCUCCCGGUCCCACUCUCCUUCCCUCAGAAGGACCCUCCCAGCCCAACCACAGAGCCGCCCAGCCACCCCCCAGCCUCAGUCCCAGCCAUCCCCCUUCACAUCCUGAUCCAGCGGGCCCUGUGCUCCCCCAGCCCGGCUCAGGCUAACCCAGAUGGGUCCCAAAGAGCGCACUCCAUGCUGUUUGAGUCCCCCCCAGAGUUCCUCACUGAGGCUGGAGGCCGACGCUCCCUACCCGUCACCAUAGAACCCCUCAGACUACCUGAGGAUGAUGACUUUGACAUGGAGGAGGAGUUGGAGAAGCUUCACCCCAGAAGGAUGCUGCCCCCCAGGCAGCCUGAGCUGGAGCCCAGGAGCAGGAGGGGUCUGGUGGUCGAUCCCAGGGUCAGUGUCAUCCCAGAGGGCCGGGGGCCCGGAGACAGCAGUGAGGAGGAUGAGGAGACCGACUCUGACGGACCCAUUCUCUACAGAGAUGACGAUGAAGACGAGGACGACGAUCCACCAAGUGCCUUGGCCAGCCGUGUGACGAGGAAGGACACCCUGGCCCUGAAGCUGGAGAGAGAGGAGCGGGAGGGAGGAGAGGGACAAGACGGAGUCGGCUGGCAGAGCAGAGAGCAGUGGGAGGCACUCAAGAACAAGAUCGGUACCACGCUCAACAGGAGGUUGAGUCAGAGACCCACAGCAGAGGAGUUGGAGCAGAGAAACAUCCUUCCAGCCAGGAACGAAGCUGAUAUCAGGGCAGAGCGGAGCGAGAUCAAACGCAGACUCACCAGAAAGCUGUCCCAGAGGCCCACCAUAGCAGAGCUUCAGGCCAGGAAGAUCCUGCGUUUCCAUGAGUACGUAGAGUGUACCACGACUCAAGACUACGACCGCCGUGCAGACAAACCUUGGACUAAGCUCACUCCCUCCGACAAGGCUGCCAUCCGCAAGGAACUGAACGAGUUCAAGAGCUCUGAGAUGGAGGUUCACGAAGAGAGCAGGAUCUAUACCAGAUUCCAUCGGCCUUAGCUGUGCUCCCUGGCCCGGCUGCAGAGCAAGUACUUAAAUGCAAUACUGAGCCGGGGGGUUGCAGGACUGCAAUACAGAGCACACAGACCCCUGGUGACUGCAAUUUCCACAGCCCCCUGUCCUGGCACAAGCCUGUUCCUCUCCUGUAAGGAACACUGUUGAUGGCUACAUCUGAAACCAUGGACUAGAGGUGUAUAGCCUGUCUAAACAUGGACUAUGGAUGUGGCCCCUCAGUCUAUCCAGUCAUUGUUAAAACCACAGACUAGAAGUGUGGCCUAUAGAUAAACGACUUGCAUCUAAAACCAUGGACUAGGGAUUUGGCCUCUUGGUCAAACCACUUACUGUUAAAACCAUGGACUAGAGGUGACCUCCAUCGGUCCAACCCCUUGCAUAUGAAUCCAUGGGACUACUGGUACUACUGUACUCCAGCGUUGAUCUGCCUGACCAGACAACCCACAGGGAGAGCUGGAGAAGAACUAGCUGGACAAGGUUUAGUGGUUUAGGCCUAUUUCAGCUGCCAUUUUGUAGAUUCCCUGUGCCAACACUGACUAUCAGAAUAGGAAGGACAAGAGGGACAGACGGCGAUUGUGACAAAGGAUGUCCUGUUUUGUUCCUCACAUCACCUCCAUUCUCUGUCGUUCCCUAAAGCAAGAAUGUUCCCAAGAGGCCUUUACUGUACCUGGUUUUUAGAGUUCCUUCAACACUUUGCCCUAUUUUUAAUUGAGAACAGAAAAUAAUUAUAUACGUACUGAUUGUCGAUCAUGACGAUGGUCAACAUUAGUACACGGUAGUAUUAAUGAUUUAAUGUUCAACUAAAUGUGAUACAGAACUUUGUUAGACUACAUGACGCUGGUGAAACCCUGAAACGUGUGUUUAUGGGUACCCAAUGGUACCGCCCUUAUCUCUAAUGGGACAAUACAUGGAGUGGUACGGAAACUGUGCGUAGUAAAUGUGAAAUGGCUAUAGCUAGCCUACAUGUCGGUUAUGGGUUUAGUUGUCCAACCACAAGACAUGAGUUAAAUUGAAACUCAAAUGUAGUGUCUACUAGUCAGCUAUCUAGCUGUGUUACAUAGACCUUAUUCAGCAUCGCUCCAUUGUCCCCAUACACAAUGAUGUGCAUUUUAACUGCGUGCUGUUGAUUAUCUAAGUGAUUUUGUGACAGCCCAUAAUAUAAGCUGACUAAUCGUUUGUUCAGCGUAGUAAUAAGGAACCAUAUUGUUAAAAUGGACAUUUAAAGUUAAAAAAAAAAAAAAAUCAGGAAGUUGUACAAUUUGAAACGUUAGAACUAAUAUAAUUUAAGACACAACCUAAAGCUUACGUACACUAUAAUUAUUUAACGGUUGAUUUUGAAAGACUGCGGCAGGAACAUGGAUAUAUUUUUACUUCACAUUGUUACUUUGUGUAUGUAGGUCAUUGGUUGGCCUCAGCUGUAUAGACUUAUCCUGUAGAUUGAUUUCAUUGACUUUAUAUUAUGUCUUCCUAAUGUUAAAAUAAAUGUGUUUUUAAAUGUAAUUAAAGCGUUACAACAGUGCUAUUUUCUAAUAAUGUUACAGAAAUUGGUACCGAAACAGGGUUCCCUUAUUUUACAGAUGUUUUGUUUUUUAUAAAGAGAUCUUUAAAAUGAUUUGCAAACCUACUGUAUAAAUGAAUGGUCAACUCUCACUCAAAUUAAAAUAAAUGGUUUAUCAUCCUAAAGAA